GAUUCAUCUGGUGCUUUUCUUUACAGUUUCUUAUGUCACCGUGAAUCAUUUUAAGACAGUCACAAAGUUUGGCGUCACUCCGUACUUGAGGAACGUGAACGCAGCAUGUGAAAUUGUGUAAGGCAGAAUGGCUGCCUCAUUGGUUCGGACAGCUGUUAAGUCUUGCUGCAGACAGACCUCUCGAUCAUGGGGGGCAUGUCAGGCUGGAUGGAGGAGCUUGUCCACCAGCUCUGCCCCAGAUGUGGCUGCACACCAGGCAGCUGAGUGGGUCUCCUUCCCUCCUCUGCAGACAUAUUCAGAGGAGGAGAGCAUGAUGAGGGACACAGUGAGAAAAUAUGCACAGGAGCGCAUCGCUCCGUUUGUGUCAAAGAUGGAUGAAAACUCUGUCAUGGACGAGGACGUGAUCAAAUCCCUCUUUGAACAGGGCCUCAUGGGCAUUGAGAUCGACCCAGAAUACGGCGGCACCGGCUCUUCAUUCUUCUCCUCCAUUCUGGUCAUCGAGGAGUUGGCGAAGGUGGAUCCCUCGGUGGCCGUUCUCUGCGACAUCCAGAACACACUGAUCAACACGCUGUUUGCCAAACUGGGCACCCCAGCUCAGAAAGAGCAGUACCUCAGCCGACUGUCAACGGACAUGAUCGGAAGCUUCUGCCUCUCUGAAGCCGAGUCGGGGAGUGACGCCUUUUCUCUGAAGACGCGAGCUGAAAAACACAAGGACUAUUACGUCAUCAACGGCUCCAAGAUGUGGAUCAGUAAUGCGGAGCAUGCAGGCGUAUUCCUGGUGAUGGCCAAUGUGGACUUCUCUGCUGGAUACAAAGGCAUCACCUGCUUCAUCGUGGACCGGGACACCGAAGGGCUGGAGAUCUGCAAAAAGGAGAACAAGCUCGGCCUGCGUGCGUCCUCCACUUGCCCGCUAAACUUUGACAACGUCAAGGUACCAGAGAAAAACAUUUUGGGACAGAUCGGUCACGGGUACAAGUAUGCUAUCGGCAUGUUGAAUGAGGGCCGGAUUGGGAUUGCCAGUCAGAUGCUCGGACUGGCACAGGGCUGCUUUGACCACACCAUUCCUUACACCAGACAGAGGGUGCAGUUCGGAAAACGCAUCUUUGACUUCCAGGGCAUGCAGCACCAAAUUGCCCACGUGGCCACACAGAUUGAAGCUGCUCGGCUGCUGACGUACAACGCCGCUCGUCUGAAGGAAGCUGGCAGACCUUUCAUCAAGGAGGCCUGCAUGGCUAAAUACUUCACUGCAGAGGUUGCAACGCUAACCACAUCCAAGUGCAUCGAAUGGAUGGGAGGGGUGGGCUUCACCAAAGACUACCCCAUAGAGAAAUACUACAGAGACUGUAAAAUCGGCACCAUUUAUGAGGGCACGACGAACGUUCAACUAUCCAGUAUUGCCAAGUUCAUUGAUAAGGAGUUUGACCACUGAGCUCGAUCAAUUGCACUCUCUGCUGUGUUACACUCCAUGUUUGUUUGUUUUUACUCACAUGCCUUUGGUGGGAUUAAUGCAGCAGCAGUAGCUGCCUUCAUGCUUCUAGUGUUUUGUUUCAGUUUUAACUUGUAAAAUUGUUCCAACUUCUGAUGUUACUGAUACAGUUACAGUUCCCCAACAUUUGGGUAAAAGUUGAUCUGGUUAAAUUCUUCUAAAUUGCUCUCUAUCACUUAAUAUGUAGAUAUCUACCACUUCACCUCUUGGCCGUAUUUUUCUUUUGUUCUGCAUACUGCGAUGUGGUGAUCAAUCAUGCCAGAAUAACAUCCAUGUGUUGCAAUAGGAGAAUUAAUUUUUAUUUUUAUGACUGACAUCAAUUACCUCACAGUGCGUUUUCUUUUUCCAGGAAAACGCUUUUUAAUCUAACAUGAUCCGUUAAUACUGUACAGUCCUUUACUGGGGAAAAUGAGUCAAGAAAUUAUAUGUAAAGAGUGAUUUGUCAAAAAAAUCAAUAAAUUGGAAGUAUGCUAUGCUACAAA